AUGUUGCUUGCUUCUGCCAUUCAAGGACCUUCUACAUCCUAUUUCUUUUUUCUGCUUCACCCCGCUCUUCCUCAUCCGUUCUCUGUUGAUAUCGCCACAGACAAGGACUCACCGAAUCCACCUCUUCAUCCCUUCUUUCUAUUGAUUUCUUCACCGAAUCGGCCAUGUGGGCGUGCCGAUGUGGAGCCGAUGCAGGGCAGCUCAGUCGACGGAGCUUCUGAUAUACCUCCGUCUGUAAUCUUUUGGAACCGACGUUUGUUGCAGCAAGAUGAUUUCACACCUCUAAUGAUCUCUGCUAGAGUCGGACACAACAAUGUGGAAAAAGCUCUUCUUGACACAGCUGCUCCAUCGAAUGUCGUUUCUCCUCCCAACCUACUCUGUAAAAGAUAAAACUUUGCGAAUUUGUGUCUGGAGUUGCCGAUUUGGGUUGACAUCCAACCUCACAAUCUCUAUUUCCACGCCCUUUUAAGCAACACUGCAGGAAAACGUAUCAUAUAUCAAGAUAAGUUCUUAUACUCAUACGUCAUCACUCUAUUUGAAACUAAAAGGAUAAAAAAUCUGUUUUAAAAUCUGAAACAUCAUGUUCUCUUGAGAAAUAAGCAAUCAAAUGCAGCGUUUGUCUAAAGUUAUAAUUUCGCACCCCAGGUGUUUGAUGGAAUGUCACGGAGAAAAAGGCAAAUUCCUUCAAACCAAAUUUAAAAAGCCUCAACAAAUGUUGAAAUCGGUCAGCUGAUGCUGAAGCAGGUAUGUGUGUGGAUAAUUAGGUCUUAUAAAAUUGAAUUUAUAAUUUUUAGAGCUUCAUAUACUGAUUUCGAUAACUUUCACUGCGUAUUGGUUUUGGAUUAUGUUUGGGUGUUUCUUUACUAACCAGCUAUGUUUAUCGAGCGUAUGCAAAUUUCGUAUGAGAAAUUGAAGGGGAAGGAGAAAACCAGGAGAAUAAGGAAGGGUAUUAUGGUAGUAUGUCAUCAAUCUUCAACAAUGGUAAAUAUUUCUUUGGGUUCUUAGUAAUAUAUCUGACUUUCAUUUCAUGGCAACAUGCAGCCUCCAUAGAUACAUAUGUGUUGUUCCCCAUCCUGAAGGAAAAGCUGAAUGUUAUAAUAUAAAUGGUAAUACAGUCGGAUCUGAAUCCCAUGAAUAUAUGAAAGUGGGUAAGUUUUUUCUUAUCUAAAUUUCAAUAGAAUCAUGGCUUCAUCCUAUUUAUGCAAAUCAUAUUUACACUAAUAGUUGACAUUAAAACUAAUCAACUUCAUGUUUCUUCCAUAAAAUUUAUGGUCAAACUAAUACAUCCCUCACAGUGUUUACAGUCAAAGGGAGUGGGGGUGGGUGGGGUGGGUUCGAUAGGGGGCACAUAUUUUUUAUCAUGUUUAUCAAUUCUUUCUUCCACUUCAAAGUAGCCCACUUUCUGCUAAAAGAUCAAAUAGCAUGAACAUAAUCAGGCUCUGUAACUUCCACUAGAUAACCCAAUGACUAAAAAUGUUAACAAACAGCAAGAAAGUGACAAAAAAAUCCUAUUACACCAACUCCUUUAUACCCACAAAUUUGAAGACCAUUGAUUCAAAUUUGUAGCGAUUUGAAGUCAAACAGGUAUGUUUCUUUUUGAAUUUCAGGUUAUCAUUUAAGUUUUUGGAUAUCUCACGUUCCACUAAUUUUGAGUUGGCUUGAUUUUUUACUUCUUCGUAUCUCAACUUCCAUUUUUUGUUUUGUGUUGUCUGUUUCUUCUGAUCUUCAUUUCAAAUUGUUUAUAAUGAAUCAGGUAGUGCACCUAUCGUCUUGAGUUUGAGUAGUAAAAAAAAAAAGAAUGGCUGAAAGAAAGGUGUUGAACAAAUACUACCCCCCCUAUUUUGAUCCGGCGCUGCCAUACAUGGCAAUAAAGUUCAAUUUGUGAGACCAUUUCUUUAUUUUCCUCACUUAUUGCAAGAAAUAAUGAUUUAGAUUUCUUUACUUAUGUAAUUAGAUGACAUUGUUUAUCUUCCUUUACUAGAUUAUCUCAAUGCAAUUCAACAUGCUACUUUACUUUACAAAGCAAUACCUUCCG